AUGGAUGACACGGGAUGGCUCGAAGUUCCUUUGCGCACCGUCCCGACCAUUUCCGUGAUUGGCCGGCCUGCGCCGUAUUCCUCGUGUAGGCUCCAGCAAAAGUUCCCUCCGCUUGCCAAGAAAGUAACAGACAACAAUGAGGCGGCGCAGUCAACGCAGGGGGCUAUGCAAGCGUCGACGACGACCCUGACAACCUCAUCGCUCAACCAGGCGUCCGGUCCCGCAGCAACGCAGACAGGCACCGAGGACGAAGUGCUAGAAGGCCUCGUUCCCUGGACAGGACUGAAGCUUUCUACGUCAGGGACAGCUGCCUGAAGAUAUCGGCGACAGAUAAGGUGCACCGACAAAGUCACCUCGCAGCGCAGAGAAAUUGUAUUAAAGACUGAUCGCGGCCUGGCGAAGUCUCAAUACAUUUUCCCAGACCGCAAGUAGCGACUUAUCUGCUUCUCCUCGGGAGUUUGGUACCUUUGCACAUUAUUAGACCAUGCCCCCAAAGCAGUGUUGUACAUCCGCUUGCUGCACUGGGGGCGCUUGCAUCCCCCCUGAGAAGGACAGUAUGAACUGCCCUUCCUCGCAGAGGGGCUGUUCAGAGGGGAUAUUCAUAAUCGAUCUCGUAUUGCCUCCAGUCUCGCGGGUCCUGGCCCGUGAUGUCACCGUGCUUGGUUGCACUCAAAUGAGUACUGAGGCGCGACUGAGUCCAGUACUCAUUGUCGCAGCCUGUGCAUUUCAACUUUGGAGCACCGCCUUUUCAGAUCGGCUUGGGCGUGUCUGCUGCGGAAUGACGGAGUUGCUCUGAGAUUCUAAGGCUGAACGAUUUAUCAGAGUUGGAGCGGCCAAAGCGUCGAUGCUGAGCAGGGUACCGAGGUGGGCAACGUGGCUGAGGCGCAUUUCUGCGGCUCCAUGCAACAAAAAAGAUUGAACCUAAAUCAUUUGGAAAAAAAAGGACUAUAAAUAGGGGCCGGACUAACGAGCGUUUCCAUCCCACUAGCGGGCAUUUACUAAUAUCCACUGGCAGGUCCACAUAGCGAUAAUCUGCAUUGGGUAUUUUUGGGUAGAAUUUUCGGCUAAAUCAAACACGAGGUGUCGUGACAACCAAAGGCGCCAUACAAAAAAAUAGUAAAGUAACGGUUACGG